AUGAAAAUGGCGAGUGGCACCAUUCGAGACAACGAUGCACUCUCCUUCUUAAACCCUACUUCCUUAGCUUCUUCUCCGAUUCCCGUUUCCGACGCCGAUAGUUACCUCCUCGACGGUGCCCAAAUCAGCAGCGCCUCCGGUAGCUUCCAGAACGAGGGAUUUCUAGGUGGGCUAGACCCUGGACCAAAUUUGAAUAUUGAUGCCGAGUUUGGUUUCUCCCGGCCCGAUUUUAAGCAGAUUCCGCUUGUUGGCACGGUUGAUUUCUAUGAGCGACACGUGUUCCUAUGCUACAAGAACCCUCAGGUUUGGCCUCCUCGCAUUGAGGCUGCUGAGUUUGAUCGCUUGCCUCGGCUUCUUUCUGCUGCUUUAUCCUCCCGGAAGGCUGAUAUGAAGAGACAGAUUCGGUUAACAAUAUGCGAAGGGCAUGACGGGACAGAGACAUCUAAUGGAGAUGUAUUAAUCUUUCCAGAUAUGAUCAGAUACAGGAGAUUGACCCAUUUUGAUGUAGACACAUUCGUUGAAGAAGUGCUUGUAAAGGAUGGUGAAUGGUUACCUGGAACUCCAGAAGCUCUCAGGGGAUGGUACAUAUUUGUAUGCUGUCACGGUAGUAGGGAUAGACGUUGUGGUGUAUGUGGGCCCACUUUGGUCAGUAAAUUUAAUGCAGAAAUUGAAUUACAUGGUCUUCGGAAUAAAGUGUCUGUUAGUCCAUGCUCGCAUAUUGGUGGUGAUAAAUAUGCUGGAAAUGUAGUUAUAUUUGGACCAAAUCUCCACAAAGAAAUCACCGGUCACUGGUACGGGUAUGUGACACCAGAAGAUGUAUCGAUUUUGCUUGAGAGACAUAUUGGCAAAAGACAAAUUGUAGAUCCGCUCUGGAGGGGGCAAAUGGGAUUAUCUGAGGAAGAACAAAUAUAUGCACAGACACAAAGGAUUCAACUUAAUGGUGGGACACAUAACUCAACCCAAGCUAAAGAUUCAUGCGCCCAUAGUUGUGGAUCCCAUGGCGAGGGUUCGUCAUGUUGCCAAACGAAUGUAGGCUUCCUUUGCUGUCAGAACUCUCCAUCAGCAGAGACGGGGGAAGCUUCUGAACUAAAUGAAGAAGCUGGAAAGCUAAAGGUCGAGAAGAAUAAGAGCCUUCGGAAGCAAAUAUCAAGACGAAAUAGUCUGAAAGGGGGUUCUUCUCGUAAGGUCUCUAUGCUUACUUGGUACGAAAACUGGGAGCGUGAAGAUACAUAUGCAGCUCUUGCUGUGAUUGGUGCUGUCGUCUCUGUCGCCUUUGCUUAUAAUUGCUACAAACAGCUAAGAUGA